AUGGAUCUGAGUGGUGCACUCUCCACUCCUUCUGCAUGGCCCACCAAGAUACAUGAAUGCAGGGUCCGAGAAGCACUGGUUCAACAAGAUAAAAUCGGCUACGGAAGAGGUGUGCUCAUAGCGAACGAGUCGAACCACCUCUUGAACAGAACAAUCAUGACGGACGUGGUACGAAGCGUGACAGCACCUUUGAUGAUCGGUGCUGCUAUCACUACCUACUUCGCAACGUUUCCAAAGGACCGUACUAUAUACCGCCUGAUUGUGGGCACACUUAUUGUUCUUGAUGUUGUGCAAACUGUAUUUUCUCAAUUGACACUCUGGAGAUGGUUCAUACAAGCACCUCAAGACACAAUUCUCGGGAAAACAGGAAUUCCUUGGCCAUUUGCCUUCUCACCCAUGUUAUGCGGCCUGACAACAGCGGUGGUUCAGACGUUUUACGCUUACCGGAUGAUCAUUCCACUUGUCAUAAUCUUUGGUGCCUUGGUUCAACUUAGCUGGUCGACUUAUGCUACCACACAAAUAAUCAAAAUCAGAGAAUUUUCCAAAUUCCACAUUCAUUUACGUAGUAUCAUCUCAGUGUUUUGGUUGGGGACUGCAGCUUUGACAGAUUGCUUCUUGACUGGUAACUUGAUUUACUGGCUUUCGAAUUCAAAAACGCAAAUCCAUCAAACCAACUCUUUAUUGAAUGAUCUGAUCAUGUUGGCCAUCGAGACAAACGGUCUAACAUUUGCAGUUGCUGCCCUUGACUUGGUCCUUUUCGCCUGUAGGAGUGAUUCUGCUCAUUUAGCUCCCAAUCUUUGCCUGGGAAAACUCUACUCCAUUUCUCUACUUAUAUCGUUAAACACUCGAUGUCGCCUUGGAAAGAACUUUGGAGGCCAAAGAUCUGUAUUACUCGACUGUAUGGCCGCCAAGGCAAUAGAUAGAUAUAGAUUAGAUAGCGCCGAAAAGCCUGAAUGA